GUAUGCUGUGAUAUUUCUAUUUCUUUGGAAUCGAGCACUCUCGCACUGCCUCGUGACCGCCCUGAUCCAAUAAUGUCCUGACCACCAACUUGGAUAUCCUGCCGCCUGCGUCUAUUCAAAUACCAAUCAUGUCGAUGGCCUACAUACCCCAGCAGAUCGACGUGGUCAGUGGCGAGCAGUAUCGUUACGCGUUGACUAACUUCCGAAUCGCGCACGAGAAAGUCGAGGAACAACGCCGACAGCUCGAAGAACAAGAGAAACAGGUUGCAUUGCUCCGUGCACGGAUUGCUUUGCUAGAAGGGACUGCGAAUGAUGAGCAACAGGAUGGUAGACAUCCGAGUCAUGGGGGUAGCUCAGUUGAUGACUUCUCUAUCAAAAAUACUGCGUCCCAGUUGGAGCGAUUGAUCAACCGUUGGGCAGCAGACGUUGUGCGCUCACCGCCCUCCGAACUGUCUGACAUCUAUGGAGCCGCCUUAGGCGACAUCACAGGCACUUAUGAUCAUGUGCCCUUUGAUGCCUCACCAAUGCAGGUACAGAAUAUCCUCCGCCAUGCGAUGUCAGAAGUCAUUGGCACCGAGAUUGUCAACAAUCUUGUCGUGACCAACUCCCCGGAGGCAAACGUCCAACUCACAAGAAUUCACGAGCACUUGUUCGCCCGCAACCCUGUCGUAGCAUGCGUUUGGCGCCGACAAACAUUCUCAGCAGCAGUGGAGACAUGCGACCCUGAAAUGACAGCUACUAUUCUUGCAGAGACUCUCCCAGUGCUCACCAAAGUGCUUGGGGGAUCAGCAAGCAACACAGCCCCAAUUCUAGCAAGCGCAUACACGUUCUCGCGCAUGCUGCAUGGCGCCCCAUCAACAUCCACCGACACAUUUUACCGCAGCUUUGUCCCUGAGCUUGGAAGCAUCCUCUAUCCGCGUCAGAUAGAGCUCGUACGGCGCUGUCUCAAGAGCGAGCGUGGCGAGCAGGACCGCGUAGGUGCAACGAUCUUUCCUGGGCUUGUGAAAGUCAGGGGGGGAAUCGUGCAAUCUACUGAGAACCAGGAGAUGGUUGUGCGACGCGCGCAGGUGAUUUGCGAAUGCGCACUCGCGUCAUCCGGGAAUGUACCAAUGCAAGGAUAGUAUGAAUCCCCUGCUGCGUGGAUUUUAUACCAGCUUUGACUUGGAUAAGGUGGAAAAGAAGGGAUGGCACCACGUGGGUGGGAUAUAUCAUGCAGUGGUCUAUAUAUUGCUAGCAUCCAAAUCUAUACGACAAGCAGUGAUGCGAGUGUUGCUUGUGAUUGUAUUACCUAUGACGGUGUUAGCGUGGCACAUGUAACGAGUUAGAUAUCAAUACCUCAAGAGCCUGCAGAACCU